AUGACCACCGCCGAUUUCCUGGACAACACUGGGCGGCUGCUGAUCCUGGACGAGCAUCGGAACCUGGAUCAGCCGGCUGGCCUCUACGCGACGGGCGCUGGGCACGUCAACAUCAGCAGGGCCAUGGACCCUGGCCUGGCGUACGACCUCGACGAAUCAGAGUACGCAGGGUACUUGUGCGAAGCGGCGAUGCGGCAGUAUCUGGAACCAAACAAAGUCAAGACCGCCCAGUGCCACGACCACGUACCACAGACACAAGAAAACCUGAACUACCCAAGCAUCGUCAUCAACGUGUUCCCGGAACCCAAGUACGUCGGCCCUGUGGAGAGGGUUCUGACCAACCUUGUAGAGGACGCCCUGCCGGAGGUGUACAAGGUGGAGGUGUUCAUGGCGGGUCCGGUGUUGCUUGACGUGCAGGCUGCAGCCCCAGGUGCUGAACUUCACGUCGCCGGGGGAGAAGCAAACCUUCAUCGUCAGAGCCACCCCGAGGCCCAAGUAAGGGAGCCACCUUCGAGGGCUCCAUCACCUAGUCCUCGAACCGCGGGCAUAGAGUCCGAAGCCCGGUGGUGGCCGUCGUCGUGGGUUGUCGAUUAA